UGGGUCUUUUACAAUCAAACCCCCCUCCUCGAUCUUGCGUCAACCGAAUAGAAUCCUCAGUAUCUCAUCUUCGAACUUCAUUGCCCAGUAUGAUGAUCAAUUCACGUUUGAUCCAAGAACCCAAGACUACCUUUUCUUUCAAUGACUCGUUGCCAUUACUAACGAAGAUGAUGAUGAAGAAGAAGAAGAAGGAUACGAUAUCCUUCCUCUAUCGUAACGACGGCACCUUGAGAAGCAAAGGAAGGUCGGCAACAAAAGUAGAUGGUAGUGGAAGAACGCGUUUGGCUCCUUCCAAAGUAACAAAUCCUAGUUGUACCUCAACGGAUCUUGACGAAGGAAUUGGUAUCAUUAGAUUCCUGAAAGGAAAGCAUCUUUUUAUCACUGGCGCAACUGGAUUCUUCGCCAAAGUUCUCAUAGAGAAGAUAUUGAGGACAGUGCCCGAAGUUGGUAAGAUACAUCUCCUCAUCAAAGCUAAGGACACGGAUGCUGCAACGAAUAGGCUAAAGACUGAGAUACUAGAUGCCGAACUCUUCCGCUCCUUGCAAGAAAUCCACGGAAAGAAUUACGAGGACUUCAUGUUAAGGAAGCUUAUACCAGUUGUAGGGAAUAUCAAGGAAGCUCAAAUGGGGAUACAGGGAACACUAGCAAAUGAGAUUUCUGAAGGAGUGGAUGUAAUUGUGAACUCAGCAGCAAACACCACAUUUGAUGAGAGGUACGACGCAGCACUGGACAUAAACACCAUGGGGCCUUUUAGGGUGAUGAGUUUUUCUAAGACGUGUAAAAGACUGAAGCUCUUUUUACAUGUGUCUACAGCAUACGUGAACGGACGAAGGCGGGGCAGGGCACUGGAAAAGCCUUUCUGCAUCGGAGACACCAUCGCCCGAGAAGCUGUUUCUACGGAUGUAUCCAUGCCGUAUUUGGAUAUUGAAACGGAAAUGAAGUUAGCUUUCGCUUCAGCCGGCCGUGUUACUUCUGAUGCGUCUUUGAUUAAGGAGAUGAAAGAUCUUGGUCUAGCAAGGGCAAAAUUGCAUGGAUGGCAAGAUACAUACGCGUUCACAAAAGCCAUGGGGGAGAUGAUAUUAAAUAGCAUGAGGGGAGAUACCCCCGUCGUUAUCGUCAGGCCCGGUGUCAUUGAAAGCACCUUUAAAGAGCCUUUCUCUGGAUGGAUAGAAGGAAGUAGGAUGAUGGAUCCACUCGUUCUCUACUAUGGUAAAGGGAAGCUAGCCGGCUUUGUUGCUGAUCCUAAUGGUGUUCUUGAUGUCGUUCCAGCUGACAUGGUCGUGAAUGCAACAUUGGCAGCUAUGGCUAAGCACGGGCAGAGCAUUGAUGCUGGGAUACACACAUACCAUGUUGUUUCAUCCUGUUCGAACCCACUUUUCUUCAAGGACCUUGCAAGGUCUAUAUACGAGCACUUCGAUGCUUCUCCUUGUUCCGAUUCCAAAGGGAGGCCUAUAAUAACCCAAUCAAUGAAGCUGUUCACAGAUGUCGAUAAAUUUUCAACCUAUAUCUUGAGUGACAUUGUUCAAAAGGGUGAAAAGUUACCUCAAAGAAUGAAGAAUAUGCUCACGAAAUAUGCUGAGCAAUUCAAUUAUUUAGCUACUUUAUAUGCGCCUUACACGCUUUAUGGUGGAAGGUUUGAUGACACAAAUACGCAAAAGCUUAUGCAAGAGAUGUCCAAAGAGGAGAUGCAGAGCUUUGAUUUUGAUGUGGGAGGCAUUUCUUGGGCUGAUUUCAUUGCUAAUGUCCAUAUCCCUGGAUUAAGAAGAUAUGUUUUGAAGGAAAUAGGAAUAAAUGUUUCUGAUACUGAAAAAAUAAUUGUUUGAAUGUUUGUCUUUCACAAUUUCCAAGUCCCUUGUAUUCAAACGAAGGGAAGAAGAAACUAUCAGCUAUGAAUAAAAACAUGUAAUCAAGAUGAAUUAUCUUUUUAUCAUA